CAAUAAAGCGAUGGAAGUGAGAAUUCCCCAAAGUGCACCAUUAGACCCCCACCACCACCUUCACUCGGCUCAGGUGGCACCAUUAGACCCCCACCACCACCUUCACUCGGCCCGGGUGGUGGAAGAAGAGUUCUUGGAAGAAGAAGAAAUACUAAAGGGAGAUGAGGAGAUAAUAGAAGAAGAGCAGAUGGUGCAUCUUGAGGAUGUACUGGAUCAGAUUGGAUCAGAAGACGAUUCUGCUGAACUCCAGAUGGAAGAGCAGAACGUCUCGUACGAAGAGAUGCCCGAGAAAAAGGAAUUCCAAUGUGAGUACUGCAACUAUUCCACAAACCGUCGGAGUGAUCUAACAAGACACGUGCGGGGUCACACCGGGGAGAACUUAUUCCACUGUGUGAAGUGUGAAUACAAGACAGCUCGUAAAUCAGACCUGAGACGGCACCAUCUGCUUCACGCGGGAGAGAAACCUUUCAAGUGUGGGGUAUGUAACUACACCACAUCCCGCAAGACGGUGCUGCUCAAACACAUGCACAUCCACACUGCUAACCUGCCCCGCUGUAGAGUCAUCUUAGUUCAGGUCACUAAAGAGGGACAAAAAGUGAUCAACAACAACGCCCUGGCCGACCUUCCUUCCUCUUCUACCGUGGAGACCACCACCUCUUCCUCAUCAUCCCCCAAGAAACGCAGAACCUCCAGUGCUUCUGUCAAAAUGUACUCGUGCGACAAAUGCGACUUUGUGGCCGCUUGUCGCAAGAACUACCAUGAGCACCGCCUGAGCCAUGGCAAGGAGCAGAAGUGGAAAUGUCCAAUGUGUGGCUAUAUGACAAUCAGGAAAUCCGACAUGACAAGGCAUUUCAACAUCCACAUUGACAACGUCUUCAAAUGCAACCUGUGCGAGUAUAAAACAGUGAGACACUCGGACUUCGUCAGACAUAGCAAGACCCAUAAUAAACACAAAUACCAAUAAACUACAUGAAGCUGCGUGUUUUGAUAUCAAAUACUUGUUAAAUGUGAUAAAUUUGUACAAAGAGUAAAUUUUUGGUUAUUCAUGGCAAUUUUACGUGGAUCUUUGUUGUGUUGUGCUAAAUUUUGAUGGCACCUGUUAACUUGAUAGAAGAAAUUCCCAAUUUAAUUGCCUCUAGUGACCGAUUGUCUACUUUUGAGAGAGGUAAAGCCAGUUAAGUAUAUUUAUGUUUGAAUUUCAGUUUAUCUAUAACCUUUUGUAAACCUUAUGCGGAUUUCGAUAUGUGGUUGUUGUUACUUGUUUAUUUUGAGGUAGCUUUUAGG